AUGCCUCCAUUAGCACUACUUAAAGAAUUGGUAGCUGAAAAUAAUUCUUUAAAUGAUGAAGCAGAAAGUUCAAUUAAAGUUCUAGCAAAAAUAACACUACAAAGCAAUGGCUAUGAAAAUAAUGAACAGGAGCCAUUAGAAGAUUCAAAUCCAAUACUUAUAAAGCUACGAAAAUAA